AUGGUACGCCCAAAUGGUCCCCGCGACCCCAUUGCCGGUCCUGACGCGCUACAACCACCUUUUCCACUCAAGUUACGAGGACCCGUCAUUAAAGGCUUUGGACGCGGAAGUAAAGAUCUCGGAAUUCCAACCGCGAACAUCCCCCUUUCAGGGCUAUCAGUCGGUGGCAACGACGCCCUAGACUCGGGCAUCUACUACGGCUGGUGUACUCUCGAUCAUCGCACAAUCGCUCAAACAACCACAUCUUCCAGCGUGCCCAGCGCCACAGACGACACCUCCCCACCAGAACGCUCCUCAAACCACGCCGUCGCCGACCUCGAAUACUCCUCCUCAAACACAACAUCCUCGACUGUGUACCCCACCGUCCUCUCAGUCGGCUACAACCCGUACUACAAAAACACGCAACGUAGCAUAGAAAUCCACAUUCUGCACAACUUCGACUCAGACUUCUACGGCGCAACGCUGUCAUUGAUAAUACUGGGAUUUAUACGGCCCGAAUACGAUUACGUGAGCAAGGACGCGUUGGUGGAGGAUAUACGGGAGGACAUACGGAUCUCGCAACGGAGUCUAGAUCGAGAGGCGUAUCUGGGGUGGAAGUCGGAUGACUGGUUAGCUGGAGACGCGGAAAACGAUGGGAGGGCAGGAAGGAGACACGAGGGUGCGGGGCAGAAGGAUGAAGUGGGGAUGUGUCAAAUGGACCCAUGA